GAUGGCGGCGGUAGCGGCUGCACGAGCAGUUUCUGUGGGUUCCGGGCUGCGGGGUCUGCAACGGACACUGCCACUUGUAGUGAUUCUUGGGGCGACCGGCACCGGCAAAUCCACCCUGGCGUUGCAGCUAGGCCAGCGGCUCGGUGGCGAAAUCGUCAGCGCUGACUCCAUGCAGGUUUAUGAAGGCUUAGACAUCAUCACCAACAAGGUUUCUGCCCAAGAGCAGAGAAUGUGCCAGCACCACAUGAUCAGCUUUGUGGAUCCUCUUGUGACAAAUUACACAGUUGUGGACUUCAGGAACAAGGCAACUGCUCUGAUUGAAGAUAUAUUUGCCCGAGACAAAAUUCCUAUUGUCGUGGGAGGAACGAAUUAUUACAUUGAGGCUCUGCUCUGGAAAGUUCUUGUCAGUACUAAGCCCCAGGAGAUGGACACUGAGAAAGUGACUGACCGGAAAGUAGAGCUUGAAAAGGAGGAUGGCCAUGCACUCCACAAACGCUUAAGCCAGGUGGACCCAGAAAUGGCUGCCAAGCUGCACCCACAUGACAAGCGCAAAGUGGCCCGGAGCUUGCAAGUGUUUGAAGAAACGGGAAUCUCUCAUAGUGAAUUUCUUCAUCGUCAACACUCAGAGGAAGGUGGUGGUCCCCUUGGAGGCCCUCUGAAGUUCCCUAACCUUUGCAUCCUCUGGCUUCAUGCUGACCAGACAGUUCUAGAUGAGCGCUUGGAUAAGAGAGUGGAUGACAUGCUUGCUGCUGGGCUCUUGGAUGAACUAAGAGACUUUCACAGGCGCUAUAAUCAGAAGAAAGUUGCAGAAAAUAGCCAGGACUAUCAACAUGGUAUCUUCCAAUCCAUUGGCUUCAAGGAAUUUCAUGAGUACCUGGUCACUGAGGGAAAAUGCACACCAGAGACCAGUAACCAGCUCCUAAAGAAAGGUAUUGAGUCUCUGAAACAGGUGACCAAGAGAUAUGCCCGGAAGCAAAACCGAUGGGUUAAAAACCGCUUUUUGAAUAGACCUGACUGUCCCACACGGAUAAAGAUGGUGAUCGGUGAUCAAAGGGUGCUGUCUUCUUUCAAGGCACUCAUGACCACCCAGCAGCGGCCCUGCCCUAAAGCUCUCUUUCCCUCUUGGAGCCUGGAUCCACCUCUGCCACAGAUUCACACCCGCACUCCCCUGUCCGAUUCCUCUGGUCCUCUGGUCAGAGCCCACAAAGGCCCGGGGCCUCCAAGCCUUCAGCUCACACUGUAUUUGGAAACUGGUUUAAAGCUCACUCCUUUUGAGCACAGUAGGGCUUGUACUAUACCCGGUGGCUGGAAUCCUUCUGUUCCGAGUACUGCCUUGCAUGGGAUUCUCAUAGAAAUGGGGUUUUCUCCUCAUUCCAACCAAUAGAACGAUUACUUCUAUUAACUGGUAACGCUGGCAAAAUGAACGCCAUUGUCAGAGACUGGGGAUGGCUGUGAUUUGCUCAAGCAGCAGAAGAAGCCUCGAUUGUCGUUGGUUUAUAAUGAUGAAAGGGGAAGAGAAAGAGAGUGUCUGAUUGUUUUUUCUAAAGGAAACUUAGUGGUUCGAUUUGUCGAAUGUCCUUCAGGGAUAGCCUUAAAGAAGCAACAUUUGUGAGCCUUUUGUGAGCUUAGCUUGUGUGAGCCCUUCUAUAGUGCCAUCUGUCAAGUCCUUGCUCCCAUCCCCUGCUGCCGUGGAGAGCCAGGCCAGAAGCCCGCCUCCCCCCACUUUUUUUUGCCUUAGGCUCUAGCUGGAGAAUAAAGCUGACUUUUUCCCCCACAUAAACUUUUCUUUGACUUCUAACCUCUCCUUUACUUUUUUUUUUUUUUUUUGCUCCAAAACCUUUAAAAUGACGUUUUUAAUAUAUAUCAAAGAGCAUUUAAUCUAGUCAUCUUUUCAAAUGCUUCCAAAUAAGAUUUCCUUGAAAAAGAAAAAAUAAAAAGAAGGUUGUAUGAGUUAGUUAGAGGGUGGGAACAGUCUUUGGGGUGAGAGGUCAGAAAUUGAUACCAGGAAGCAGUGGCCUUUCAGCUUUACUGCUUCUGUGGACUCUCCAAAGGGAUCGUCAGAGAAGAAUGCUUCCCGUUAUCUCUCUGGAGCAUUGUGUGCUUGGAGAAUGUGAGGCUUGCGAGUUAGUCAUUCGAAUGGCUUAUCUGACCCAGGCAUGGGGAUGUCAGACCAGGAGGGCAACGUGUGUGAGCAGGGAAGAAGUGGAAAGGACAGCUCUGGGUGCUCGGGGGCUGAUGCAGACAAGGACCUGGAUUUGGCAUUUUUAGCUGAGUGAGUGGAAAGGUAAUGUAUCUGUAACAGGAAGCCCCAUGCUGGAAAAGUGCAUCUACAGCCCCGAUUCUGGAAAAUUGGGGCUCUUUUUGAGCUAUAGAUGAGCCGAAGAACUUACCUGCUAUGUGUCCUUGGACAAAGUGUAAGUCCUCUGUGAACUUCAGUUUCUGUGAACUUCAGUUUCGUCCUGUAUCAAAUGAGCUGAAUAAUACCGUCCUGCAAGAUUGCUGUGAGGAUUAGUGAUGUAAAUAAAGCACCCAGCAGGGUAUGCUUGAUGCUUCCCUUAAAAAUGCUAAGCAGCUAUACCAGCACAUGUGUUGAUCCUGUUAUUGUUAAAGAAAAGGAUUGUAUAGUUAAUUCUUAAUGCUUCUAGGAUUGAUUCUAGAAAGUUCUAAGGAGGGGCACCUGGGCACCUGGGUGGCUCAGUUGGUUAAGCAUCCAACUUCGGCUCCGGUCAUGAGGUCAUGAUCUUGGGGUUCACAAGUUCGAGCCCCGU